UUUCAUCAGUCUCUUUCUCUCUGCAGCUCUUUCUUUCUCUACUGUGUCUCUCGCUUUCACUCUCUAUAUUUUCUCCCUGAGAACCAACGGCCGAGAAAAUCUCGCCGGUAAAUAUCUGUUUUCUUGACGAAUAUUUUGCGAUUCUGAGUUUUCUGCCACGGAAUUUUCCGAAGCGUCGAUUGUUUGUUUUGCUGGGAUUGCUAAGGAGUUUUUCCAUUUAUUCGAGCUCUUCCAUGGUUUUGAUUGAGAAAGGUUAGGGUUUCGGCCUUUUUGAAUAUGGACAACGCUUGGCAGGUCAAAUGUAGUUCUUCAUGGCAGUCUGCGACGCCUCCAUCGAUGCCUUCGUCGUCUCAGCAUCCACCUCAGGAGUCUCGGAAUCAGAUGGAGAUAAAUGCAGGUCGUUAUUUUCCAACUAUUGCCCAUGAACAAAGAUCAGCAGCCCUUGGAAUGAUACAGGAACCCCUUUUUUCCAACACAUUGAACUUAGGGUCUUACAGAUCAGGCCAUGCUGAGCUUGGAAAUUCAUUUUUGGCUCUCCUAUCUGGACCGCCAUCUUUGUUGCAAUGUGAUCUCCAGCAAUUGCUGAAUCCAAAGCCAAUCUGUACCUCCAACAAACUUCCUGUUUAUAGUAGCAGUGUCACGGUCAGUACUGCUGGAAGUGGAGUUCCACAUGCACCAACUGGAUCAUUAUCAGAAAAUCUUGGCUAUCAAAAGCCAAGAAGUGGCAUGGAUUUCUGUCCAAUUGUUUCUUCCACAACAGCUGUAAGUACCAAUUGUAGUAGCACUUCUGUUUUGCAUGAUGCCCUUCAGGCUGCAAACUUAAAUCUCCAAAGUUCGGAUCUGGCCAAGGCGACUAUCCAUCACAUGGUUCCUCGCAAUGAGAAAGUAAGGGAAUUUUCUUCUCUGAAGGGGGGAUGGCCUGUUAACACAGGCUCUGCUAAUUUUGGGAAGCUCCAUGGCACUAAUAUUCAUGCUUCACAAAAGCGACCAUCAGAAGCAAGCUCUUCUCUUUGUGAUCACCAAGCUACUUUCACAAGUGGGUGCCCUCGAGUAUUUUGCUUUGGUACAAGUGGGGAUCUACUACUCAGCAACACGGGACUUCUUGGUGUUGUUUGCUUGUGCCACUGCUGGCACAUGUCUGUCUCCAAGUUUUGUGAGCAUUCUGAAUUACGUGAUGUCAAUCCUGGUGAUGCUGUUCGUAUGGACAGUGGGGAGACCAUUGCUCAGUGGCGUAAACAAUACUUCCAGAAAUUUGGGAUUAGGGUUCCAGAAGAUCAGAGUGGAUGGGAUUGGCCCGAAGGAAUCUCAGCAACGGCUGGUUUCUUGAAGUCUAGUGUGACUGUGCCCAGCCUGUACAAGAAGUCUGACUUAUCUCAUCUGGUUGGUUCAUCUGGAGAUUUAUUAAGGUUUGAACAGCCUUGGGACAAUGUUGUGUUUCCAAAGAACCCGCGUACAGGUCAGAAUUCAGUUAAUGAUGUUUUACAUAAUAAACAAUGGGGGAAUGGUUCGGACAGAAGCAAUUUUCUUCUCAAGGGCUCAGUUGGUACUUCACAAAGCAAUUUGCAUGCGCUGGAAAGUAACCAGAUAAUGGAGAGCACUAGGUCUAGGUGCUCGACAAUGUCAAAGGUAGUGGGUAGAGGAGGAACUGAUAAUGAUGCUCAGUCCAUUUCUGCUUACGUUGAUUCAAUUUCUAGGAGUGGAACUUCAUUUAUUUAUAGCCCACCUUUACCCAACGAACGAACCCUUGGUAAGGAUUCUGAUAUCAGCAGACAUAACAAUUCAAGGGAGGGUGUUAUCUUGGAAAGAGAUGCUGUUUCUUCAAACAUUGAGUUGAGGCUUGGGCAACCAUGUCAGCAGAGUCGGACAUCGCGAAAUUCAGUUCUACCUGUCAUGGGACCUCGGAUAUUAGACACACUUGGUGAUCCACAGAAGUCAUUUUUCCCAGAGCAAUUGAUUCAUAACACAGCUAAUUCCAAUGUGAUGGAGGAAUGCAGGCAAUACCUUCAAUGUGCCACGGGUACAUCUAAUUCCAGUGCAAGAAGAGAGCAAAUUCCAUUCAACUGUGUGAACCAUACUUUUGAAAUCAAUAAUGCCUUAGAUGCAGCUAAACUAGAACAAUUCAGAGGUGAUGCGGCCAAGAGUUCAGUGAUUUCGAUGCUACUUUCACACUUAACUACACCGACUGAAGGGAAUAUGCAAUCUAAAGCAAUUAAUAAUGUAGUGAAUGACAAUGGCCAUUUUGUGCCUAGGUCACUACAUUUUGAAUCUCACAUUGCCAAGCGUGAUCCAGUUUAUUCUCCAUGGAAUAGUGCUAAUGGAUUAGAAAGGGAGUCAAACAUAAAUGACUUGAGUUUCCAUAGAUAUAUGGACAAGGGUAAAAGAGUGGGAUUUGUUACUGAUGGAUCGUAUGCUGCAACAGAAUCAACCUUUGGAUUUUAUAAGCAGAUGGGAAGUUCAGGCACUUUUACUGGAGUUGCUGGAAGUGAUCAUCCCAGUAGUUCUGCAGUGCAUGACAAAAGCUGUUAUUCACGUCAGUUGUUGGGCAUGCCACCAGAUGCAUCCAAUGCCAGCAACUCUUUCAACUUUUCUGGGAAGUUUUCCUGCCUUGGAAGCAGUGGACUUGAUAAUGUUUUUGUUAAAUCUAUAAGUCCACCCAUGGGUUCUGGGAUAAAUGUGCCAUCGCAAGCAGUCUCAACAGGCUUUUCUUCGGCUUCUUCACUGUCUGUGCCCAAUUUGACUCCAUCUUUGCCAACUAAGGAGAGCAUUGGAGUAAGCCCAUAUUUGCUCGAUGAAAAUUUUAAACUUCUAGCUUUGAGACAUAUUCUGGAGUUAUCUAAUCGAGAGCAUGCAAUUACUUCUCUUGGAAUGAACCAAAAGGAAGGGAGAUUCAGUAGCUCUUCUGAUCCUAAAGUCCAGGGCUCUGUUGUUGAUACAUUAACAUCUGAUGAACUGAAGCAUGGAUUGAAACUUACCAGUGAACAAAAUGCUUCUGAAGUUCCCCUGAAAUUACUCCAAUCUGGUGGUAAUCACAGGAUGGGUGGUGAUAUGGAAAAAUUGGUUCCUGUGGCAGAUCAGAACAACUGGUUCGAUAUCUCAACAUUUACACAAGGAAUCCCAUUAUGUUCUAAAGGGAUUGAUUCUCAAGAUCUUCCUUGUGAGCAGCCUUCACUGAGACUUGGAAGAAUUGAAAACAAUGCAUUACCAGAUGAUCAUCAAAAAUGCUGUCAUGGAGUAGUGUGUACAUAUUUUCCAGGCUUGUGUCCCUGUGCUGUCCAUACAAAUUGUUCAGCAGUAAAUUGUGACUCCAAAGGCAAAACCUCUCUUAGUGCCUUCAAGGAACAGAUGGGGGGCAUGAAUGGCAAACCUUCAAUGUUGUUUACUACAAGAUUUCAUAAAGAUCAUAUUGUUCAAAAAGAAAAAAAUAUUUCCUUCCAUCAAAACGAAAAAUCGAAGGGCCAAAACCAUAAAAAAAUUGAUUGUCAUGCUUCUCAGUGGAAAGAUGUGCCUAGCAAGGUGAUAGUGUCUUGUGAUAUGAAAUGUGUACGGCCAUCAGUUGAUGGAUUGGGUGGGAGAAAAAAUGACGAGGAUCAACCUGCAAUGUAUGGGAGAAAAAAUGAUGAGGAUCAACUAGCAGAUACUGCAGCCAAACGCUUUAAUGGAAAUUUGCAGGAAAUUAACUGCUUGAAGGAGCAAGAGAUGUCUAAUAUUUCUUCUGGAUGUUCUGCCCCUGCUGUUACUCAGGCAUCUAUUGAAGUUAAUAACAUGGAUUCUUGUACCGUUGAUGCUGGGGAUACUGGAUGUGCCAAUGAUCUUGUAGUUGAUGAAGCAUCUGGAAUUGAAAAAUGUUGGUCAUCUGAUGAUGCACUUGACAGUGAAAGAAGUGCUGAAUUUCUUGGUUUUACAUGUAAAACUAGCUUCAUAAAAGAAGGAUCUUCCAAAGCAUUGGCUAAUCAAUCAUCUCGAAGUUUAAUUGAUGAGCUUAAGUUCAGAGAUUCCUUUAGAUGGAAGAGAGUACGAAAUGAAUCCCAUACUGGGCUUGCAAUUCAUGAAAAAAACAGUCAUUCACCAAAAAUAGAGAGGGGAUUGAAAACUAGGAAGAGGAAAAAAACUAUGAAAAUGAAGAUGCUAAAUGCAUCAUUCCCUGCCUCAGGUUUUUCUUCAGGACAUUAUGAACAUACCGAAUGUGCUGGUAGUGCUGAAUGGCGCUCUUUUUCAUACAAAGACGUGGACACGCUUCUUCAAUGUGAACUAGGAACAUCUCAUACAUGUGGUGCUUGCACAAUUGGACCUAGUUUCAAAAGGCGAAGGUCUACAUUGUCUUCUGCCAAAAACUUCUCUCGUAAAAGGGAUGUAGACAAAAUUUAUGCUGAUAGAGAAGGGGAAGAUGGUUAUCAGGCACAAUCAAAGGGAAAAACUGAGUUUCUUAGCAUCCAUGAGGUUUCUGGUGCCAAAAGGAUUGGACCAGACCGGACUGCUGAAGCUUUUAGGCAGUUUUGUAUGCAAGAACCAAGCCAUACAAAAGCUGUGAAGUACAAUUCAGUUGGUUGUGUAAAAGAGUCCUCUUGUCUGAAGCUGGAUGUUUCUAAUAGGAGAGAAAAACCUGUAGUAUGUGGGAAAUAUGGUGUUAUUUCAAAUGGAAAAUUGGCUAUAGAUGUACCAAAGCCAGCAAAAAUAUUUUCUCUUAGCAGGGUUCUUAAAACUGCCAGGAGAUGUACACUCUCUGCAAAUGACGAACCUAGAUUAACUUCCAUGAGACAGUUGAAGAAGGCAAGGCUCAGAGGAAGUAAUGGGUGUGUUAAUGAAAUCUCCAAUUUGAUGAAAGAGAAAGAAAAUGAAAUUCAGAAUGCAACCAGAUGUGAUGAAAGGAAUCCUGAUAAUUCAAUGGAAGAAGCUGAGAAGGCAGUCAUCAGUGGAGAUACAAGAUGUGCUGAUGAAUUGCUCAUGUCCAAGCAGGAGAAAGCGUAUGGUAGCAAGAAAGAUGACAGUUAUCAUAGCACUCGAUUGAAGCGAAAAUAUAAGGAAAUUCGCAAGCGCAGCCUUUAUGAGCUAACUGGAAAAGGAAAGAGUCCCAGUUCUGGAAAUGCUUUUGUGAAGAUACCAAAACAUGCACCACAAAAGAAAAGCGGAUCUGUCGGGUUGGAGAAUGCUGAAGAUAGUAAGCAUUCCAUGAGUGAAUCAUAUAAAGUUAAUUCCAAAAAAUCCAUUAAAGAGCACAGGUUUGAGUCCUUUAUUUCAGAUACAGAUGCAUUCUGCUGUGUUUGUGGAAGCUCCAACAAAGAUGAAAUUAAUUGCUUAUUGGAGUGCAGUCGUUGCUUAAUCAGAGUGCAUCAGGCUUGCUAUGGUGUUUCCAGAGUUCCCAAAGGUCGUUGGUAUUGCAGACCAUGCAGGACAAGUUCUAAAAAUAUUGUCUGUGUACUCUGUGGUUAUGGAGGAGGGGCCAUGACACGGGCACUUCGGACUCGCAAUAUAGUGAAAAGUCUUUUGAAAGUAUGGAAUAUUGAAACAGAAUCCUGGCCCAAGAGUUCUGUUCCUCCUGAAGCUUUGCAGGAUAAACUAGGCACACUGGAUUCCUCAAGAUCUGGACUUGAAAAUGAAUCAUUUCCUGUUUUAAGACCUCUAGAUAUCGAGCCAUCUACUACCACUGCUUGGAACAUGGAUCUGCAGAACCGGUCAGAUAUUACAAAGAAUUUGUCUUGUUCCCUUGGUAAUUUAAAGAUACAUAACACCAUAACAGCUGGAAUACUUGACUCAACUGUCAAGCAGUGGGUUCAUAUGGUUUGUGGACUCUGGACACCUGGAACAAGAUGCCCAAAUGUUGACACUAUGAGUGCUUUUGAUGUAUCUGGUGCUUCACGUCCUAGGGCAAAUGUGAUUUGCUCAAUAUGUAACCGACCUGGUGGCUCAUGUAUAAAGUGCAGGGUUCUGAAUUGCUUGGUUCCUUUUCAUCCUUGGUGUGCUCACCGGAAGGGGUUGUUGCAGAGUGAGGUAGAAGGUGUUGAUAAUGAAAAUGUUGGCUUUUACGGAAGAUGUAUGCUUCAUGCAGCACACCCUUCCUGCGAAUUAGACAGUGAUCCCAUAAACAUUGAAACUGAUUCUACAGGAGAAAAGGAACUAACCUGUGCUCGGACAGAGGGAUACAAGGGUCGUAAGCAAGAAGGUUUCAGGCACAAUCUUAACUUUCAAUCAAAUGGCAAUGGUGGAUGCCUUGUUCCUCAGGAGCAGUUAAAUGCAUGGCUUCAUAUAAACGGACAAAAGUCUUGCACAAAAGGGCUUCCAAAGACUCCUAUUUCAGAUGUUGAAUAUGAUUGUCGGAAAGAGUUUGCUCGAUACAAACAAGCCAAGGGUUGGAAACAUUUGGUGGUGUACAAGUCUGGUAUACAUGCCCUUGGUCUUUACACAUCUAGGUUUAUUUCUCGUGGUGCAAUGGUUGUUGAGUAUGUUGGUGAGAUAGUGGGCCUCCGUGUGGCUGAUAAAAGAGAAAGUGAUUAUCAGUCUGGAAGAAAGCUUCAAUACAAGACUGCUUGCUACUUCUUUAGGAUAGAUAAAGAGCACAUCAUUGAUGCUACCCGCAAAGGUGGGAUUGCUCGCUUUGUGAAUCAUUCAUGCCUGCCGAACUGUGUUGCAAAAGUAAUAUCUGUGAGGAAUGAAAAGAAGGUUGUCUUCUUUGCAGAGAGAGACAUAAACCCUGGAGAAGAGAUUACAUAUGACUACCAUUUUAACCAUGAAGAUGAAGGUAAGAAGAUUCCUUGUUUUUGCAACUCAAGAAACUGCAGGCGCUAUUUGAACUGAUUAUUGGAUUUCUUGAAUGAAGCAACAUUGUCAUUUUUUGUAAAAUCAAUCCCUGUGGGUUGUCAAUUUUCCGCCUCUCUAUUGGCAUAAGAUGCGAAGACAUUUUCCCAUAUGACACUGUAAAUAGGCUCAAAUGCAAGCAGAAGCUUCCUUUUUAUGUCUUCUUUAAGGCAUCCAGUGAAGUACUUGUCCCAAUUUGAUGAAGUGAAUGUAUCUUUUCCAGUUAAUUCCAUUGUUGUACAGGUUAACACCUCCUUUUCCCACUGCUAUAGCAAAAUUUUGUUCUAGGGUUA